UUUGAAAAGUAAAAAUAUCAAUUUUGUAUCUAUUCCUUGUGUCAAACAGGAAAAGACUGAGGAGUUUGACCAUCUGGUUCAGUCUAUUGCCAAAUUGAAAGACAACCAUCACAAUUGGUUGGUUAUAACAUCACCUGAAGCAGCAGAUAUGUUGAUAGAAGCCUGGAAACUGAGUGGAAAACCAACCUUACCAUUGUUAGCUGCUGUAGGAAAGAGUACUGCUCAUCGUUUAUAUCAUUUGGUUGAGAAUAACAACGAUCUAUUUAUUCCAACUAUAGCAACAGGAAAGUCACUUGCUGAGCAGUUGCCCAUAUUGAAACAGAAUACCAAAGUGUAUUAUCCUACUUCUGCUUUGGCUUCUCCAUCGAUGGAACAGAUAUUGAGAGAACGAGGUUGCCGAGUAGUAAGAUGGAAUAUUUAUACUACAGUUCCUUGUGAAUGGACUUGGGAACAGCAGAAACUUGCAGAGUCCUGUUCUAUUGUGGCUUUGGGUUCACCUUCUGCAGUUGGUAUUUGGAGUGAACGAGUUGCUUAUAAAACUAUAAGUGCUUGUAUUGGUAAAACUACUGCAGAUGCUUGUCAUAAGUUUGGAUUCAAGUUGAUAUUCUCAGCAAAGGAACCAGGUAUGGAAGGAUGGGCUAGUGCUAUUGAAGAAGCAGUUGAUUAUGCUUCCAAAACACAUAAUAAAAUACUCCAUAGUGAAUGAUUGGGAAAAGGUUUUGGAGUCUUUUAUGUUGAUUCGCUAGGAACCCAAAAAUAAAACAUCGUGUAUUCUAUAGAAACCAACCAAAGUAGAACAGCUUCAC